AUGGCUGACCGAGCAGCUGUUGUGUUCCUUUUCGCUGAAGAAAAGCUACUGUUUCGCUACCCGUUCACCAAUCCGUUCACUAUAAACCUGGACAACAAUACCACCACGACUGGUGUUGUUUCAGCGGCUGUCACCAAUGAAAAUCCGUGUACACAAGCCGACAUUAUCACAUCUAGUGGUACUUCCACUAAUCGGCCGCAGGCGCCCUCAACCGGGGGUGUAAGGUGUAAACCACGCAGUGCCCGCAGGACCUUAUCAAUGGCCGCCGUAGCUACGGCUUCGCCGAGUACAAAAUGCAAAGCCGACGAUGCUGACGAUGAAGCUCCACGCUUAACUACCAGUAUGCUGUCAUCCAACUCCAAUGCGGAUUUGUCUGGGUGUCGAAGCGGGGCAACUAACUCGAAUGAUCGUGGCAACGGUAGUAUAAAGGGAGGUGGAAGUGUUACAUGCGUGGGAAUAGAAACAGCAGUAUUACUCCACUUACUUCGAGCCGGUUUUGUCGCAUGUACGACGAUUCAGUUUGCCGGAGUCACAUUUCUCAUAUAUCCUUUUCUUCCAGGGUCCACGAAGUCGCACCAGGUGGCGUUGACCAGUUUGCGACCUCCCCGCGAGUCAAACGCGGAUCCCACUGAUGACAGAGAGGUGGAUUCGCAACGUCAAGCGGAUAGUGCACAGCGUGUGAAAUUUCUAGCAGGCCAGAGGGAUAACGAGAAUUUUGCGACACCCGACCCGGCCCGUGUUGUUCUCGUAGUUGCGAUGAGCCGUCCUGACUGCGACGAUGGUCGCAUAACUAAUUUUGUGCAGAUAUUCAUGAACGUACUUCUCCGGGAGGAACUCCGGACGCGUUACGUGACGUGCCAGCUACACAAGAUGGAAGGGUACCUACGUACUUGGAGAACGUGCGGCGACAAGGAUGAAAGCGAGAGUUUGAAGAACUCUGCCGCUUUUUCUGGACCGAAUAACGUCACGGGAGGAAACACCGCUUUGCAUCCUCCGUCAGAUUUGGAAAUGUAUGAGCGACUUUCGGAACGUGACGAUUUGUCACUAUGCAAAGAAAUCACUCAACUUGUAUGCUCUAUCAUGGCUGCAACGUCGAAAGGUCCCACCAACUCCACUGGAAACGCCUCCCCCACCACCACCAAUCCUCCGAAAGCUCUUCUACAUUCGUCCAAAAUUGACUGUAAGAGCAGUGCCAACACAAUUGGACUUGGUGAGUCAAGGGCUAAUUAUGGUAUAACAACUGGGUUUACUAUACGAGAUCUUUUUGGCUUGCCAGUGGAGUUGCUUGCCGGCUAUCGCGCAACUAAGCGUUGCCCGGCGUUCGCCAACGCACGACUCAAUUCAAACUAUAUAGUCACAAUUGAGGAUGACAGCUUUGUCGAGAGGCUCGCGAAGCCCUACGGAGAAGCCGUCGGCCGACGAGCUGCGCAGCUUUUACCCCUUUCCGCCAUAUGGGCGGCUAUCACAACCCUCCCACCACCACUGCGAGUGGGUACACUGUACCGUGAACUGGAGCGCACUUUUGCUGGCACCUCGCAGACUCGUCACGUGACUAAGUCCCAGCAGCAUGGAUCUUAUACAUAUGUGACAAACAGUAGCACGAAUACUUCCGGUGCUGCAGCCGAGGAGCAGAGUCAUAUUGCCGACUGCGACAUUUUGGUCGUCGAGGCGGUAGAGUUCCUUCGAGCAUGUGGUGUGUUGACGAUAGAUACAGAGCUCACAGUUAUUUUCACUCAUUGUGACAUUUCUCCCGCAUCGGGAGCUCCACACGUGCCAGAAGAUAAAAUAACGAGACCGUGCCGUCCGCAGCCAUCUCAGUUGCCGCUGCGCAUUUCAACCGUGCCGGCCGCAGUUUGCUCGGCGGCAUCAAUCAGAAUCAUUCCGGCCUCAGCGAUCUGUAUGAUGUUACUGGAGGGCCUUCGCCAGUCAGCUUCGUUUGGCUUCGACACACAUCAUGCGGGAGUCAGUUGUGAGCGCAGCGCACCCUCUACACAACCGGAUGUAACUUCGAGGACACCUACUUCCAUUUCGACGUUGAACAAUACGUCACCCUCACCAACGGUCCCUCUUGAGAUUGCUGGGUCGAGAGAAAGGGAUACACACUCGUACAGUGUGUACUGUUCAUGGGGAGAUGCAUGCCCAAUAUGUGAGGAGCUCGCCGCCGCUUCGUACCUGUGGUCUGUUGGGGGUGCACCUGUUGGUCUAGUCUUUCCGUUUCUUAGCGCCCCCAUUGUGGAGGCGGCGAACCGACGAGCCCGGCAGGGUGUCCACUCCUUUGACCGCGACUGCUGCAGCCUCUUAACUGACCAAGCGCCGUGGUUCACAAGUAUGAAGCCGCUUAAAGCUGGUGUUACGCUAACGAGCACAUCGCCGCAUCAGCUCUACCGCGAGCUUGUAGCCGGAUACAAUGAAGUAAACUCGCGAGGGGCCGCGGUACCGGAAGAUGCCAAAGCUGGUUCUGAGAGUAAAGAUAGGCAUGGGGAGAAAGGAAACGGUAAGUUUAACGCACUGGGUCGGAAGACGUUGUUUGGGAGUGGCCGUGAUUGCAGACGAAAGGACGGGGCUGGCGACUUUGAGGCUACUGUGCUUACGCCGGGUGGCACACCAGGAGACGCACGAGCUUGGUUGGCUGCGAACCGUGAUGCCAUUGAAAGUCGAUUAAACGCGGAGAAACACCAACGUUGGUUACUGAGGGCGAGGAUUGAGCGGUCGAAAGAGAGGCAGAGGGGCGGGGCAGGAGCUGUGUCUACCGGGAAAUGUCGUGAUGACGGGAACACAAAUACCGGCGGACGUUCGAAGCGGCUCUCGCCGCAACCACACCAACGCUAUCGCAAGCGGGAGGUGGUUACCUCGCGGUCUAUACCGAACACGUAUCUUCCACUAGCGCCCACAGCUCCGCUGAAUUCAGCUAAAUUUUUUACUCAACCACAGGCCCAGAUGAUGGAAGAGAGUGGGGAAGCAUCUGCUUCGACUUUCCCGUACCUAGCUGAUGAUGGGCGCGCUGUUUCAGUUGAAGUUCUCAUGCAGGUUGUUCUCCACCACACCGUCGCGCUACUCUGGGGUAAGGCGAGGAUGAAUGUCGAUACGUUGUUGUGGAUGUUGGAAUGCAAUUUGCGCCGUCUUCCCUCCUUUCUGGCUGGUGUGCGCCGGCAGAAGGCGGUCGUUGCGAGCAGCGCAAAUGGCAUUGAGCAAUUGGACGAAACUCCCGCACCGUCUGUGGGGGAGGAGUGCACACACGCACCGGCGCACCCAUCUCAACAACGGUGCGGAAAGGGAUGCAGCGAAGGAGGAGUGGAGGGGCGCCAAGAGAAGGAGGCAGAUCUCCAGUUCCACCAGGCAUCUGCAGUCUUUUCGGAGCUUCUACUUCUGGACAAACUGAUGCAGUGCAGUCACCUAACUCUCGAGGCGAUACCCACUAAACUCCUGUUUCACGCAGUUGUGAACUCCUUCAGCGACGUUCUACUAAUAGGACGUGGCGACUCCGGUUAG